UAACAACACAACAUGACCGGGGUGAGCUGUUGCUCUUGAUAGGACACGGGCUGGGAAAAGAGUUUUCUGGAGGUUUUCUUAUGACAGGUUUUAGGUUCCCACGUCUUUACUGCCUUCGUGUGUUUAAUUACACGGCUGGUUUCUCGUGAGGAGCGGCUAAAUAGCGGACAAUGCACAAACUCACCAAGGCGGCUCUGGCCUUGAACGGACUGAGCCGGAGCUUGGUCACAGAAAAGCGUGUAUCAGCUGUAAAAGUCAUCAGGCGGGGGUUGGUGUGUACUGAACACGGAGACGAAGCAGGCAAAACUGAAGUUUAUGAUGUUAUUAUAUCCGGGGGAGGAAUGGUUGGAUCUGCAAUGGCAUGUUCCCUAGGUAUGGAUCCAAACCUGGAGGGCAAGAAGAUUCUGCUGCUUGAAGCAGGCAACAAGAAAGUGAUGGACACGGUUCCGGCCUCCUACAGUACUAGAGUCAGCUCCAUCAGUCCCGGUUCUGCCACCCUGCUUAGCGGGAUUGGAGCGUGGGAGCACAUAUUACAAAUGAGAGUCAAACCAUAUCAGAGAAUGCAGGUUUGGGACGCCUGCUCUGACGCCCUGAUCACAUUCGAUAAGGAGAAUCUGCAGGACGAGAUGGCGUACAUCGUAGAGAACGAUGUGGUGGUGGCUGCGCUCACGAAACAGCUGGACACUCUGCCUGAUAAUGUACAAGUUAAGUACAGAUCCAAGGUGGAGACGUAUACGUGGCCCAUGCCCCACCAAGCAGCUGACUGCGUCCCGUGGGUCCAGGUCAUGUUAGCCAAUGGAGAAGUUCUUCAGACAAAACUACUGAUUGGAGCUGACGGCCCAAACUCGACGGUGAGGCGACAGCUGGGAAUACCAACAGUCAAUUGGAAUUAUGAUCAGUCUGCUGUUGUUGCUGUUCUGCACUUAUCCGAACCCACGGAGAACAAUGUGGCGUGGCAGCGGUUCCUCCCAACAGGACCCAUCGCAAUGUUACCGCUGUCGGACACUCAGAGCUCUCUGGUGUGGUCAACCAGCCAUCAAACGGCAGAGGAGCUGCUGGAGCUGGACGAGGAGAGCUUUGUGGACGCCGUAAACUCAGCUUUUUGGAGUAAUGAAAACCAGUCGGAGCUGAUUGAAACGGCAGGCUCUCUGUUCCGUGGCGCCCUGUCAGCCAUCAUGCCGUCUGCUGGAUCGCCCCGACAGCUGCCUCCAAGUGUGGCAGGAAUCGGCCCAAAAACCCGGGUCAUGUUCCCUCUGGGCAUGGGUCACGCCUCGGAAUACGUACGGCAACGGGUGGCUCUGAUUGGGGAUGCAGCCCAUCGUGUCCAUCCCCUGGCGGGUCAGGGAGCCAACCUGGGCUUAGGGGAUGUGGCUUCCCUCACGCGGCUCCUCAGCCAGGCGGCCUUUAACGGGAAGGACCUGGGAGCAAUUCAGCACUUGUUGGAGUACGAAACUGACAGACAGAGACACAAUCUGCCCAUGAUGGCAGCCAUCGACCUCAUGAAACGCCUGUACUCCACCAACUCUGCUCCUGUGGUUCUCCUACGCACCUUCGGUCUGCAGGCCACCAACAUGCUCCCAACGCUCAAAGAGCAGAUCAUGUCUUUUGCAAGCAAGUGACGCCUUUGACACACGGCGGUUGUUCAUAGAUCUUCCAAAGACUAUGGAGCUGUAAAAACGUUUGACUGUAAAAAAUAUCAAAUAUAUAUUUUACUCUA